GAACCUGGGCGGCCAGAAUCUCUCGGGCCCCAUUCCCACGGACGCAUUUCGCAACCUCACCCCUCUCUAGGAACUCCUCUUCCUCAUCUCCCAUCGCCCCUCUCACCCUCAUCCCACCGCCCUUUCAUCCGCUCACCCCACCGCCCGGCAGCGAUCUCUCCUCCAACCCUUUCAGCGGCAGCCUGGAGUUUCUUGCCUUCCUGCCCGCCUUGCAAUACCUCGAUCUGCACGCCACUGACCUGACUGGGGAGAUUCCUGCUGCCCUCGGCAAAGCCACCGCCCUCUCAUACCUCUCCCUCGCUUACAUCAACCUCACAGCAGCAGAGCUCCCUGCCUCUCUCUCCUCCCUCACCAGAUUCGCCUACCUUGACCUGAGCUAUCUCAGUUUCUCCAGCGUGCCAUCGUGGAUCGGACAACUCCCCCACCUGCAGUUCCUGGAUGUGACAGCACCCAGCGGCCUCACCCCCGCCCGCUCCUUGCCGUUUCCAGCCGACUGGACGGCUCUCACCAGCCUCAACACCCUGAGGGCAGCGGGCAACGGCUUCUCCGGCUCCCUACCCGCCGCCAUCUCCGCCCUCACCGCCCUCUCAGAGCUGGAUCUCUCUAAUAACGCCCUGGCUGGCUCUCUGCCUGUGCUGCCCUCGUCUCUGGUUCUCCUGCAAAUGAGCCACAACCGUUUCACAUGGCCCACCCCAGCAUCAUUCUCAGGCCUCGCUGCCCUUGCCACUCUCGAUGUGAGCUACAACGAUCUGUCAGGGCCCAUCCCACCAUCCUUGGCAAACCUUCCUGCGCUCGUCAAUCUGGACAUCAGCCACAACGCUCUCUCGGGCGGCCUGGACGUGCUUGCACGCAUGACCAACAUCUCCACCCUCAACAUCGGGUCGUGCAACUUGUCAGGCGCCUUCCCUGCUCCCCUUGCACAGCUCGCCCUCGCCGAACUCUUCACGGGGCCCUUCCCCUCCGCCAUGCUAUCUGCACCGCAAUACAAGAGGCUCAAUCUAUCGGCCAACAACUUCUCUGGCCCGCUGCCGCCACAGCUCACAACGCUGACAGCAGUCAACAGCUUGGACAUUUCUCACAAUCAGUUCACUGGAGUGGUGUCCCCUGCCGUCUUCACCCUGCCUUCGCUAACGGCCCUCUCCCUCGCUCACAACCAGCUGGAGGGCUCUCUGCCUGCGACCGGCCUGUCCGAAUACCUCAUCUCUCUCGACAUCAGCGACAACCAGUUCAGCGGCCCUCUGCCUGAGUCCAUGACCCUCCUCAUCUUCCUGGAGUCCCUGGGCCUUGGAGGCAACAAACUUGACUGGUCCCAUAUCUCCUGUCUUUGGCAUCCUGGACAACCUCUAUUACUUCAACACCUCUGGCUCGGGGCUGACCUGCCCGGCAGACAGCAGCGAGUGUGGGGUGAAGCAGAGCAACACCUCCUCCUUCUGCCGCCUCUGCUCCUCCUUCUGCUCCUCCUGCACGCCCCUCAAGU